AUGCCCGGGCAAUGGACAAUUUUUCGAUUCCCUGAGCAAGUACAGGAGACACUACCAGUUCAUAUUCCAAUCUCUCAUCUCAGAUCCCAUUUUACUCUUCAAUUCAAACUGGAUAUGAUACAUUCGUCCCUGUGCCUUCAACACCCAGCGUUUUCGCCAUACCGUUCUCACAAUUGCCACUCACAGAAGACCCGCAUACAGAAAACAAUUCUAUGUUCCAGAAGCAAGAGAAAGCGACAUGGGUUUGAAAGAUCAACAAAGCUCGCGCUUCAGUCAGCUUAUAUUAUUGCUUCGAACGUUGGGAUUUUACCGGAGCCAUUGGAGUUAUUGUUGAUAGAAUUCGGAGGUGGGAAUAUAGGCGGUAAUGGAGGAGGAUUUAGAUCCUGGAAUGGAUUUGGAUGGGGAGCUUUCGAUGGUUCGAAAAAGAGAAGGACAUCGAAAUUGGGAAUUUUGGGUAUUUUGGUAAUUUUAGGUGUUGGGCUGUGGUUAGUUUUGGGUAAAGAGUUGGUUGUACAUGGUGAUGUUUUCUUCGGGAGCUUGGGUUUAGUUUUAUUUGGGCUUUCAAUAAAUGGGUGGAAAAGAGGAGCUAAAGAUUGGAUUUUGGGGUUUUGUUGCUGUGCUGUUUUGAUGGGUUUUUUGUGCAAGAAAGAAAAUCUUGAGGGAUGUGUUAGGUAUUUUAGGAAUAUGAGGAAUAUGAAGCUGAAUAGAAGAAGAGGAAAAUGGAGAGUAUUCUGA